AUGAUUGUCAAGGCUUGCACGGCUGGAGAUCUUUUGACUGUACAAAGCCUUUUUGCGUCGGGUCAAGCCUCGCCGUGCGACCGAAUCUGGGGUGACAGGUCUCUCCUCGAUCUAAUCCAGAUGCAAGUGACUUCUACUAUUUCAAGCUAUACAUCAGAAACCUCGCAUCAACGUCUCCCCGGGCUUGUCGCGACUUACGCAGAGUUGGUACGAUGCGGCCUAGACCCUGGGGUCCCAAGGGCCAAUAUCGAUAUUUAUGAGCGAUCACCUCUUUCUGCUCUUUCGAAUCUACAGAUAAUGUCUCCCGCCGACGCCCAUUAUAUUGUUCUCCUAGCACGAGUCAUGAUCACCAGCAGUAUCCAAGACCCACUCUUGGGGGCAGAUAUAGAGAAACUCGUCUGGCAAGAGAAAAUAGCAGGGCGUAAAAUGCCACUUUAUGAAUUACUACGGACGCAAGAGGAAUGGCCAAUAUCAUGGCCAAGCGAUGAUGAGGUGCUGAUCGCUCGCUGUUCUAAGUUGCACCGUGCUUAUGCUUAUCAUUCAGAUGUUGGACCUGAAAUUUACGCUGAAUUUUACGCUCUUGAGUAUGACCAAAUAUGUUGUAUGGUCAAUCCUGCACCUUUCCGGUUUCUACUCCAGAUAUGCCAACAUUGGAAUGAGGCACUUACUAUUUUGGCAACAAUAGAGCAGUUUUUUGAAAGCAACGAUAUACCCGGACGUCAAAAGCUAGAUGAAGAUAGGAAUGAUAGGCUUAGCGGCAGAAUUCGCGAUUGUUUGAACUCGUGCUUAGAACACGGCCUAGAUCUCAAUAAUCCGCCUGUUGGUCUUUAUUCUGUGUUAAAACGUUUCAGAAUAGAUGGCAAGGUGAACAUAAUCGAUUCCGCAAUGCUGUCCCUUGGAAUUCCGAGGGAGCUUGCCACUGAUUUGCUUGAGGCUGAACUGUAUUCGUCUAUGGCCUAUCAACUUUCCUCGCUUGGGGUAGCGCCUUUUGAAUUACUUGGACAACGUGGUCACUCCUGGAAUUUCAUUCCUCGGGAAUUAAGAUAUACCUCUAGCCCAAAUGAUAAUGACUGGUACGGGUAUUUGGAGACCUUGACUACCAUGUCAGGGGUUUCAGAGACUGAGGUCACGCCAGUUGAAAAUAUGUCGAACCACGAGUCAUCCGAGGAAGAUUCAUCCUGCGACGAAGAAAUUUUACACGAAGAAAUGUCAGACGAUGAGAUGUCAGACGAAGAGAUGUCAGACGAAGAGAUGUCAGACGAAGAGAUGUCCUACGAAGAGAUGUCAGACGAAGAGAUGUCCUACGAGAGUCAAUCUGACGAGUACACGAACACAUCUGACGAGGAUGCGUCCCACGAGGAUAUGUACUUCCUGGAAGAUCUUAUUCGCCGAGGAUAUGUCAAAAACUUAUACCAAUGCGGAAAUUCUCUCUCUGAGGUCACCAUCGAUGACGCACUCCUAGAGAUAAAUGCAUUCACUAUCGAAAGUCCCUUUCUUCCGGUCGGUUUCAACGCCAUGAGCGUUGAAGAGCCACUGGAACCUCCCGAUUCCAAACAGAACCCAGAGUUACUUGCCGAACUGAGAAAUUCAGGGUCAUCUUCUGUCCUAUCAGCAAAAAUUGGAGAAGAUGACGCCUCAUCAAUAUGGUCAGAGCUACUAGACUCGUUCGAUGCAGAGUGUCAGGACGACCUUCAGGAAAGAGGGGAUAUCACCAUGCAGGAUUUGGAAAUGCCUUCGGCUUAUGAGACAGUUGCUACUGCUUACAACAUCGGAACUGAUAUGAUCAUCGAUACCCUUGAGGAGGAUGCAGGUAGUGACGAUUCGUCUGAGGACAGACUUGAUGGAUUAAGCCUUGCUCUGAAUGCGUUCUGGACGUGA